AUGCGAUCUACUCUGGGUAUGUUUGCCUUGGUCAGCAUGGCUCAUGGUCACGCUACGUUUCAGCAGUUUUGGAUCGACGGCGUUGAUCAGGGCAGCACCUGCGCUCGCCUUCCUCCCGGCAAUAGUCCGAUCGAAGACGUAGCUUCGAACAACCUCCGAUGCAAUAUCGGAGGUGCCAGCGGCGUAGCGGGCAUUUGUGAAGUUCCUGCGGGCUCCAUGAUUGAGGUAGAGAUGCAUGAGCAGCCGGGUGACCGUGACUGCGAGAAGCCUGCCAUCGGAGGAAACCACCAUGGCCCUGUCAUGGUCUACCUUGCGGCCGUCCUAGACGCCACGAUUGCCGACGGCUCAGACCCAUUCUUCAAGAUUGGAGAGUAUGGAUACACACCCGAGGACCAGGUCUGGGGAACUGACUAUCUGAACAACAAUUGCGGUCGCUUCGGCGUGAUGAUACCGGAGAACCUGCCCUCUGGCGAUUACUUGGUCCGCGCAGAGGCUGUUGCGCUCCACAGCGCAGGUCAGCUCGGCGCGGCGCAGUUCUACAUGACCUGCUACCAGAUCAAGGUGACGAACGGGGGCACUGCUUCGAUACCGUCAGGUGUAUCUUUUCCCGGGGAGUACAAGGCUGACCAUCCUGGGAUUCACAUCAACAUCUGGGUGGAUGACAUUGAUGCCUAUGUCAUCCCCGGGCCUCCAAUUGCCGAGAUUUAA